AUGUCUAUCCACCUAGCCACAGGCGUGCCAAUACGACAAGGUUAGUAGAGUUAUUGAAAUAUACGCAAACAUUUAAAUUGUUACUGCAAGGCUAUCUUUAAAACAGGGAAUGGGGAAUCCGGGGAAUCGGGGAAUCCAGGAAUCGGGGUAUCCGGGAAUCCAGAACUGAUAAGACGGGGAUAUUAGUGUGCUUGUUGGAAAACGCAUUCGCCACUGUAUACAAUGCGAAUCAGUUUUUAUGAUAUACUAUAGAUUAUAACAGCGCUGUGCACAUAUGUGAUUUUAAUAAUAAUAAUAUAUAAUAUAAUAUAAUGAAUUUGUCACUUUAUACACGAUACAAACUAAUUAAUUAAAGACAAAUAAAGACAGAUACAAAUCGUGACAUGGGAAAGGAACAGGACUCUCGUCCCAAUUGACACCUAACCCCUAAAAAGACGUUAAAUAUAAAUAAAGAUAAUGAACAGGUUAUAACACAUUAGUUAUAACAACUUAUACUAGCUAAGGUUUGAAUCGUGACUAUAAAAGUACUGAACGUUUACACACUGCGACUUACCCACUAUGGAGAUUACUAUUAUGAAUUAUUCAAAAUUAAUUUGGAAAUCACGAGUCAAUUUAUAACAUAUUUGUAAAUAUGAUGAAAAUGGCCGGAUGAUGGUUGAACAAAUCGCAAUGUGUAGACGCUGAUCACGCAGUGCCCGGAGGUACGUAAUGCGAUAACUUAGUAGAAUACAACUUAUGAAGAUGAGACUUGAAAAUACUUAAAGAAUUGGAGGAUUUGACAAGAGACGGUAGAGUGUUCCAUAGUUCAACCGUUCUAAUGAAAAAAGAAUUUCUAAAAUAGUCCUGCUUGUGUUUAAUUAUAAGAUUACAGUUGUUUUUAUCAUAAUUUCUUGAUUGGUAUCCAGGUUCAAAAGUACAUAUAUAUUUGUUCACAUCAGUAGUAAUUGCUCCAGUUCUAGAUUUAAAAAGUAGGCAUAAGUCUGAGAUAUCUCUUCUGAACUCAAGAGGGAGAAUCUUGAUCUUCGCGAGUUUGUCGGCAUACGUUAGGUCCUGUGGAUAGUCAAGAAUAAACUUUGUUGCCCUCCGCUGGACAUUUUCGACUAGUCUCUUAUGCUUGAUGGUAUAAGGUGACCAUAAGCUGCUGGCAUAUUCUAGAAUGGGCCUCACGAGAGCGCAGAAUAGUAAUUUUCUCACUCUUUGGUCGUGGGUAUCCUUGCAAGUUCGUUUGACAAGUCCGAGUGUUCUGUUGGCUUUGGCCACAGUUUCUUCUAUGUGUCUUGACCAGGACAUGUCACUGCAUACAGUCACACCAAGAUCUUUGACGUAUGGAACACAUUCCAGAGGUUGACCGUCCAAAUAGUACUGAGAUACAAUCUUCGUCUUUUUUCUCGAGACCCGUAGUGCUUGACAUUUAGAUUUGUUAAACUUCAUCGCCCAGUCGAGACUCCAUUUAUGAAGGUUAUUCAGGUCGUUUUGGAGGUGAAGGGUUGAGUCAGGUAGGAUGAUGGGUUUAUAAAGUUUGGAGUCAUCGGCAAACAGGGCAAUGGUUGAUUGGGAAUUGAUGUAGCUGGGGAGAUCGUUGACGUAGACGAGGAACAAGAGAGGACCAAGUAUGGAACCUUGGGGGACACCGGAUGUUAUUGGAAGCCAGUCAGAAUAAACACCAUCAAGAACAACUCUUUGAUAUCUGUCCGUGAGAUAGCUGCUAAACCACGAGAGAAGA